AUGAGUCGCGGAGGAUUCAAUUCGUCGCGUGGCGGAUUUCGAAACUACGGGUACGGCCAGAAACGCAAUUUCAACAAUUUUUACGGCGAAAACGAGGGAAAGUACGAAGAAGGCGACGAAUUUGAGCAUAGAAAUGGUAAGAGUUGUAAAGGUUUCAAUUUUUUAAACAAUGUUUUUUAAUUUUCAGCGAACCGUCAACCGAUCACAAAGCGUCCGAAAACCGAGGAAGAAGGCGAGGAGGAAGCACCGAAAAAAUCUCAGAAUUUCAUAAAUUCCGGCGAAAAAUCGGCGCUCCGUCUAAAAUUCGAACGGGCCAAGAUGAAAGAGUGGCGCCUGAUCAUCCGAAAUCUACCGUUCAAGACCAAAAAAGAGGAUCUGCAGAACGUGUGCUCGAAUUUCGGUCCUUUUGCCGAAAUCGUGCUUCCGCCGUCGAAAAAGGACCCGAAGACGUGUGCCGGCUUCGGAUUUCUUCAAUUUGUGAAAAAAGAGGACGCCGAGAAGAGCCGAGAGUACUUUAAUUCGCAGAAAUUUCUGGGAAGAACUGUGGCGGCCGACUGGGCUCUCGAUAAGGACACUUAUGAGACGAAUGCGCACGACGAAAAGACGCAUCUGAAAAAGGUGGUCAAAGUGGAGAAGGAAGAGGAUAAUAGUGCCAAAGGUUCGGUUCUAUCAAAUACACAACUUCUCCACUAGAAAUUCCAAUUUUCAGCGAAAAAUGUCAAAAAAUUCGAAGAUUCCGAUGAAGAGGACGAGAAAGAAGACGAAGAAAAGGACGGUUCCGACGCUUCCGAAGAUUCAGAAGACGAAAACGACGAGGAAGAGAAUUCGGAGAGUGAUUCUGAUGAUGUAAAGCCCAAAAAGAGCUCGAAAUCGGAGGGAAAAAGAAAAGAGCCGAGAACGGAUCAAUCGAUAACCGACGGAAAAGUGGUGUUCCUCAGAAAUUUGUCAUUCGAAACGAAAGAGGAGCAGAUCAAGGAGGAACUGUCAAAGUUUGGCCAAAUCGAUCUGGCGAUCAUUUGCAAGUACAAAGACUCGGGCCACUCGAAAGGCACCGCCUUUGUGCACUUCUCGAGCCCCCUCGAGGCUUCCAAUUGCAUCGAGGGCGUCGAGGACGGAAUCAUCAUCGACAACAGACUCGUUAAGGCGAAUCUGGCGAUUCCGCGCAAAGAGGCGGCCGACAUGGAAAAGGACAAACUGACGAAGGUGCCGAAGGACAAGCGGAACCUCCGGUUGGCCAGAUUCGGACUGAUCCGUGACGGGACCGCCGCCGCCGCCGGAAUGAGCAAGGAGGACGCCGCGAAGAGGGAACGACUCGCCGAGGCGAUGCGAAAGAAAUUGGAGAACACUAAUAUGUUGGUUAUUGUGGCUUUUCUACAGAUUUCGAAGAGAAAUUCGGGGUGUUGAGUCAUUUUUGAUCCGAUCGGGUCCAAACUUUGCAGUCUUUUUGUGCUUGGAUUGAAGUAUAUUGGGUCCAAGUUUCAAACCGAUUAUUUUACAACCCAUUUCUCGAGAAAAACCCAUUAAAUCUUUCUAAAAUCGACAAUUUUUGGUUCAGGUUCAUCUCGCCGGUUCGUCUGUGCAUCCACAACCUUCCGCAGAAGAUCAACGACGCGCGACUCAAAGAGCUGGCGCUGAAAUCGGCGUCGGCGGGCGCCCAGGUCACGGAAUGCCGUGUUUGGAUGGACAAGAAGCGGCUGACGGCCGACGGAAAGCCCAAAUCGUCCGGAUUCGGAUUCGUCGCAUUCAAAGAGCACUUGCACGCGAUCGAGUGCCUCAAAAAACUGAACAACAACGCGGAGACGUUCCACAAGGACCACCGGCCGAUCGUCGAGUUCUCCGUCGAAAAUCUGCUCGCCCUACAGGCCAGGGUACGCGAUUCGCCAGAUUUGCCAGUGAAAAGCCAUGUUCUUACCAGAGAUCCGCGUUUCGCAUUUCGUGGAAAUAAAAUUUGACGAUUUCAGGCGCGUCGAAACGUGAAGAACACGACGGAGAAGAUGUCGGAGCGGGUGGUGAACGAGAAGAUUCGGCAGCAGGUGAAGCAGUCGAUCGGAGAGGUGCACACGGCCGGAAUGAAGUUCCUGCCCAAGUUCACCGGCAAAAAGAUUCGACACCGCAAUUUGAGCGGACGCGCCAAAAAGAACGUCGAACGAGUGGUAAGAGAACACGGCAAAUAGAACCUUCUCGAACAGCUCAAAGACCAAUCGGAAAAAUCAUCAAAAAGACGUUUUUUUUUUCUUCUCCUCGUUUCCGCAAUGCGAGUAAACAACAAUGUUUUCCUCGGUCUAACCGCCUGCGUCUCUUCAUGUUACGCCAUUCCUACACCGUAGCGCUGAGGCCCAAUAGUGAUGAUGAUGACAAAAGUGUUGCGAAAAUGCGUAUUUUGUAUGUCAUCAUCGACAAAUUCUCACACUUCUUUUGCGCUAUAAAAAUGGUCGAAAAUUAAAGGAAAAUUUUCAGAAAGCUGCCAAGAAUACGAAGCAGCCAGAAGUGGUCGGAAACAAGAAGAAGAAGCAGAAGAAGAACGUGUCCAAAUAUCUUUCUCUUUCCACCUAA